AUGGCGAUCUUUUUCACGCUGUUAUACCUGCUCCUUUUAACGAAAACUGAGGCGAAAAUUAAAAACAAAACAUGUAAUGAUUUUCAAGCCAAUUUUACGAUGAAAGAUGUGAUCGGCCCGUGGCAUGUGGUAGCCAUAAUACCAGAAAAGCUGUUUCCAGACACUCGGAAAAAAAUUACUUGCUAUAAAGUCGAAUUCAGUGAAACUGAUACGGCUGGACUUAGGUGGCUGGUAAACAACACCUUGCAAAACACAUCAAAAACAGAUACAAUAAGUGGUAUAAAGGGAACUAUCCUGCGACAAAGGUAUCAUUCUGAACGUCCGUUUGAUGUUUGGUCUAGAUCGAUUGCAGGCGUUAACGGAUGUUUCCAGCAGGUUAUAUCUUUGGAUGCGACUAAAAGUAAACUAAGCGAGGCCCAUACCCAUGACGAUAUGAUGCAGCUUCAUUUGUUACAGACUAAUGAUAAAACUGGGCCAUUUUUAUUGCAAAUGCUUUGGGGAAGAAUGAUUUCCGCUGUCAUUUACCGACAACAUGAGGGUGUGACUCAAGAUGAAUUAAAGCCUGUAUUCGAGCUGAUGAGCAAACUACGUGGACCACAGAGGAUACCCAGAAUCUGUACUAAUUAA